CACUUACUCUAUGUUGAAAGCCGUGCUUUUGUUGAAGGAAAAUUUGGAUAUCAGCAAGUUUUGUAAGGUAACUGCUUACCUAAAACGAAAAUCGACUGGUUACCAACCAAAAAAAUCGAAAUGUUUGUCUCGGGACCAGAUAGAUAAAUUUCUGCUUGAAGCUCCCGACAAGGAAUUUUUAUUAAUGAAAGUGGCGCUUAUUUUUGGGGUGUCUGGAGCCUGUCGAUGCGACGAAUUAUCAAGGAUGUUAGUUGACGACAUUGAAGAUCAAAAUAACGUGCUAAUAGUACACAUUCCUGAUUCUAAAACAAAAAAACCUCGACGCUUUGUAGUUGUUGAUGAAAGAAAUCUUGCUACAUACAGACGUUAUUUGGAAUUACGUCCGCCUAGUACUCCACACAAGCGCUUAUUUUUAAAUUACAAGAAAGGGAAAUGUACGGUCCAACCAGUGGGCUUGCAUUCAUUUGGUAAAUUUCCUUCUCAAAUUGCUACCUACCUUGGUCUACCAACACCUCUGGAAUACACAGGACAUUGUAUGCGGCGCAGUUCCGCGACUUUACUAGUAGACGCAGGAGGAGAUAUUACCAACUUAAAAAGGCAUGGAGGAUGGCAAAGCAGUUCAGUAGCAGAAGGAUACAUAGAAGAGUCCAUCGAAAAUAAAUUAGAUAUAGCUAAUAAAAUACAAGCUGGUCCGAAAAAAAGACCCUUCACUAAUAUCGAGACGUGUCCCUCUACAAGUAGUGAUUCAUCUGAAAUCUGUUGCACCGAAAUCUCGACUGAAAUUUUUGAUAAAAAGGUUAAACUUGAUCAUAAAUCUCUGUCUGGAAUUAACAUUGCAAAUAUAUCGAAUUCUACAAUUAAUGUUAAUAUCUGUAAAUAGUGUAAUUUACGAAAUUUUGAAUAAAUUUUUCUUGUUUAAAUAACUAA